AUUCCGAGAAAACCCAAAUAAGUAAAAUCUAUUUCUUUUCUUUAUCAAGCUUCCAAAUUUCCAAGAAAACAAAAGCAAGAAUCGUAGAAAUCAAACGUUGUUUUUAUUCAAGCUUCCUAGAAUCACAUCCUUUGUGGUUUUCUGAAGUAUUCAUCAUUAUUAUUUUCUACGGUUAACUUAAUGGCAGAAUUGAGAUGUUAUUAACAGGUAAAACAGAAAUUAACAGAAUCGAAACACAAGAAUAAGACCAAGAAAACACACACACGUGUAGUCAAAAGAUCUGAAAACAUGUUCUGUUGCGGAGGUGCCGAUGAGGAACCCGCCGGUCCACCCGCAAACCAGUAUUCAGCCCCUCCUAACAAGGCUGGAAACCCUAACAUUGGCGGUGGAAAUAGAGGGGAACCGAGGAACACGAACGCACCUAGAUCAGGAGGUCCUGCAAAGGUUUUACCCAUAGAGAUCCCUGCGGUUGCAUUGGAUGAGUUGAACAGAAUGACGGGUAACUUCGGCAACAAGGCACUGAUCGGUGAAGGUUCUUAUGGACGUGUCUUUCAAGGCAAGUAUAAUGGAGACGAUGUUGCUAUCAAGAAGCUUGACGCCUCUUCUGAAGAACCUGACUCAGAUUUCACCUCACAGUUAUCGGUUGUAUCACGGCUCAAAAACGAACAUUUUGUGGAGUUGAUGGGGUACUGCUUGGAAGCAAAUAAUCGCAUUCUCAUCUAUGAGUUUGCAAGCAAAGGUUCUUUACACGAUGUAUUACACGGGAGAAAGGGCGUGCAAGGGGCUGAGCCAGGGCCGGUGCUGAACUGGAACCAAAGGGUCAAGAUCGCAUAUGGAGCAGCUAGGGGGCUUGAGUUUCUUCACGAGAAGGUCCAGCCAUCAGUAGUACACAGGGACGUAAGGUCGAGCAAUGUCUUGUUGUUCAAUGACUUUGUGGCCAAAAUGGCUGAUUUCAACUUGACCAACGCAUCCUCCGACUCCGCGGCUAGGCUUCAUUCUACUCGAGUCUUGGGAACCUUCGGCUAUCACGCUCCAGAGUAUGCAAUGACGGGACAGAUAACACAGAAGAGUGAUGUGUAUAGUUUUGGUGUUGUGCUUUUGGAGCUCUUGACGGGAAGAAAACCUGUAGAUCAUACCAUGCCUAAAGGCCAACAAAGUCUUGUUACUUGGGCAACACCGAGACUAAGUGAAGACAAAGUCAAACAAUGCAUAGAUCCUAAGCUUAACAAUGAUUUCCCUCCCAAAGCAGUCGCCAAGUUGGCAGCUGUGGCGGCCUUGUGUGUUCAGUACGAGGCAGACUUCCGACCCAACAUGACAAUCGUUGUCAAAGCACUUCAGCCUCUUCUUAACUCUAGACCAGCCGGUCCUGAGUCUACUUCCUAAAUAACAGAUUUACCAUCUGUCUUGUUUUUGUGUUUUGUUAUUAUUGUU